AUGCCUCCUUGGCUGACAUCACGAAGUCUGCCUCCUGCACAUCGUGUACGCGAGCUACUAGACAUUUACUUGUCGCAAGUCCAUACCGUUCGGUGCUUUGGUUUUCUACAUGUCCCAACCUUUAUGGAGCGAUUUCAGAACGACGAUGCCUUGUACUCGGAUCGGUCUGGGCUCAUUUACAUUCUUUGUGCGCUCGCUGCCCCUUUCUACUAUGCGAGGGCUGUAGUUGUAUCUUCAGAGCAGGACACGACGCCAAACAUGCAGUUUCAUCUUGCCGGGCGAGGAUGGGCUGCUGCCGCCAUGCAGAGCGUAUUCACCAACUUUGGAAACCUGGCGGUUGAGUGCCUCAUGACUGCAGUUCUGCUUCACGAGCAUUGUCUCCGGGUGGGUGACCAUGCCAAAGCAUUCCUCAUGUCAGGCAUGGUAGCCCGGCACGUCCAGAUUUUGCAACUCAACGUUGAGCAUGACGCAGACAUCUUGUGCGAGCGGGAAGAGUCGAUUCCAUGGGCCGUGAAGGAAAGCCGGCGGAGGCUGUUUUGGGCGUGUUACUUGCAGGAUGCGCUUAUCGAGUGCGGGAUUGACCAAUUGAGGUUCAUAUCUGCUGAAGAUGUACAGACACAGUUGCCAUGUCUGGAGGACUACUUCAUUCGAAACAAGCCCUGUUUGACGGAAACGCUACGACAGGGCACUGUUCUUCCUUUUGUACAUGAAAAUGGCACCUCCGGUGAGAACACUAGGGCGUCCGAGAAUCUGGAUUUACGAGCAGUGUACAUUCGAGCCAUGGCACUACGAUCCCGAGUUCUGAAGUACGUCAAACACCUGGGGAAUGACAUUCCCUGGGCUGUCAUCCAGGACACACCAUCCUCCAAGUUUCAGCGCCUAGACCAGGAGCUUAUGGCGCUAGAGUCCUCCAUCCCGGAUGUCAUAAAAUUGACACCAGAGAAUACGUAUUUACACAAAUCCACCGGCCGCCUGAACCUGUACUUCGGUCUUCAUAUCCUCAUUGCACAAACGUUCAACGAUCUUUACCGCAUAGGGGUAACCGGUCUCGUGUUUCCAGUUUCAGCAACAAGAUGGAUACGAGAAAAUGCGCCGAGCGACUUCCUCAAGCGCUGCCAUCGGAUGUGUGCCAGCAGGGCGGCCAACAUAGCUACCUUACUAGAUGACUUGUACAAGUGCCACAAGGAGAGCAUGGUUGACAUACCAUACGCGAUGCACGCACAAGUCUGCAGCGGCGUGCUAGUCACGACGCUAGCAUCAUGGAGUGGACUGGGGGAAAGCUCAUGUUCCUCACUACUUCCAGGUACGGAGCUGCACAAGUAUCGUCAAAUGCUGGAGAGUAAUGUACGCAUCCUGCAGCACCUACGAACAUAUAUGCAAGUAGACCUGUUUCUAGAGUCUGCAACUCAGGCUCUAAAGCGAUUUGAUAAGAUGGAGGAGAAAAGGGGGCCGGAUCCAAGCACGGCCGAGGAGACUGCAGAGAGUCAGAACCCGCGACAAUUCUCACUGGAUUACAUUCUCAAUCCGCUCGGCGUGUAUCCAAUUGCGCGGACACAAGCUAACGAGAGGCAUAAACCAGAACAAUUUAGCACGCCAGCAUCCGCGAGAUUGCCUAUGCCUGGUGCAACUGCUUUGAGGGAGUUGGGGUCGAGUCCAGAGGAGGAGGCUGUGAGUCUCGAUGGGAGUGCGUUGUUUCAAUAUCAAGGUGGUAGCUUUUGGGACUGGGAGCUGCAAACUCCGAUGUUGGAGACUAUGGGGUAUCCGACAUUUUUGGAGGAUGUGUUUCUCGGGCAUGAGAUGGUGAAUGGGCGGGUUUGA